UUGCAUAUUUUCAAUUUAUUUUGCGGCGUUAGAUUGGUAAAACACGUUUAGUACAGAAUUGAAAAUGGCGUUUGUGCAAAAACGCUCUUUAUCGUUCGACUUGAGCAGAAAUUUAUACAUAGACGAGAGUGACCUGGAGAAUUUGCGGUUCAUAGGUCAAGGGUCAUUUGGUCACGUGUGGCAGUGUACUUGUAAAAACUACCCGAAGACAGUGGCUCUGAAGCGGGUGUCACUCCCGAUCGAAGAAGAAGGAAUGAUACUGCAGUCGCUGAGUCAUCCUAAUAUUAUAAAGUACUUGGGAGUGAUCCAUAAUCCUCCCAACUAUGGCCUUGUGAUGGAGUUUGCGGAGAAUGGCUCUUUGGGGGACUAUUUGCACAGACCGGAUGCACAGAUUAGUACCAACGAACAGGAUUCAUUCAUACAACAAAUUAGCGCAGGCAUGCUCUACCUGCACCAUGGAGCUAACUUCCCCAUAAUGCACCGAGACCUCAAGCCUCAAAACAUUCUACUCAGCAACAACUUCACACUCGCUAAAAUCGCCGACUUCGGCUGCGCUAAGCUCAUAGUUGACGGCACAAUUACCGGCUCCAAUCGGGGGAGCAUAGCGUAUAUGGCGCCCGAACUGAUACGAGAGGAGGGGAAGUUGUCACGAGCGGCCGACGUGUAUUCGUUCGGAGUCGUGCUUUGGGAAAUACUAACCAAAAAACGACCUUUUUCGGGCAAAAACGAAGCUCAGAUUAUUUACUUCAAAGGAGUCGGAAAUAGUUUGCCGACUAAAGACGAGAAUUUACGAGAGCCAUAUAAGGAAGUUAUUGAGAAGUGCUUUGAAAAAGAGAGACGAAGACGGCCUGAUUUUAAGUAUCUGCACGCAGUUGUCACUCACAGUUUAGGGUCAAGUUCGACUAACAGUUCAAGUUUUAGUUUCGGGUCGGACCGCAUGCCCGACAUCUCGGCGGGUGGGGACAACAGUCACCUGGCCUGGAUCUCCUACCCUCGGGAAGUGGUGCCAGAGGCCGAGUGGAGUCCCCAGGAGAAGGAGAGUCUGGCUGUGAGGAAGAACAGAAACACUGUCAUGGUGCUCAACACUGCAUUCUUCAAUGUUGAUCCACCCAGAAUGGACGAAGUGAACAAAACUCCGCCUCCUCCCGAUUUGGGUCCCGAAUUGGAGCACCGGGAGAGGGUGACUUGUUUCGGGUGGGGCAACGGGGGAGGUUCUCCCCUCCUGGCGGUGGGCACUGCAGAUGGGAGGGUGUGGCUGUGGACUGGAUCUGGCACUCUGCUGAGACGCAUCAUCGUCAGGAACAACCAGCCAGUGCUGAAGUUGGAGUGGAACUCGGAUAGUAGUUUGAUAGGAGUCAUCUGUCAAUCACCGCCUACACACAGCAAUGAGUCAUCAUCCAGGAUGGAAGUACCUGGAUCCGACGGAGGAGUUGAGGUGUUGGUGGUGUCUCUGGAAACCGAGUUCCACGUGACUUCCAUUCUCAACUUUUCCUCCUUCUCAGAUGUGCUCACAUGGAGCAAAGUCAAGCAAGACAUGCUCGUGUGUUGUGAGAUGAGCAAAGUGCACAUUUUCAAGAACGACGACUACACGUUGAGUGCUCCCAAAUCGCACCAUCAGAGUCGCAUCCAGAGCGCCGUCUGGUCCCCCCUGGCGAACUACGUGGCACUGGUGUCCAAAACAGCACUCCAGAUAUUCUCGGUCGAGAACACCUCCACACACUCCUCGGAGGAUCCCAACUCGGGGGAAGGAAGCCCAUCUAAGAUGAAAGUCAGGUCCAAGACUUCGAUGCAAAAAAUCGGCGAUAUCCAAGGCGUCGUCUGGCACCCGAAGAAUGCAGAUGAAAUCUUCGUGAAUAACUUCGCCGAAGUGCUCGUGAUUAAUGUGGCCAAAAAGACGCACAGAAAAAUUUUCGUGGCGGAUGACGAAAGCAGUCUUAGUUUCUUUUCGCUCAGUCCAAACGGCCAGGCUGCGGCAAUAUUUGCUGACGAACAGCACGCGCUUAUAAUCGUCCGCACCGACGACAGAGCUGUACAGGGAUCGAACCCCGCUCUCUCCAAGGACAGCAAAAAUAUAAUCGGCAAAGUAUCAUUGAUUAAAAAAGACAUUCUGAAGUCAAACCCCAUUUGGAAUUCCGAUGGCAGUCGUUUAUGCUUAAGCGUCGAGUAUGCUAAAAGUGACCUAAAUAUGUUCGACUAUUCGCUUCUGUUGGUCAAUUUGGAAUCAAAGUUUAAUAUUCACUGUCUUGUACUGGAGCGACCGAAAAGUGUGAAAACUUUCAUCGAAGUUUCGCGAUAGUAAACCCCUGAGAUAGUGAACCUCUGAAAACUUCGAAGAUCAAUCUAAUACUCCUUCUUUUGACCAUUUUGAUCAUUAUUUUGACAAUGAAACUGUAAAAAAGCCAAAAACUCGGACAGACAGAACUAUUUAUUACU